AUCCAAAGUUUGGCCACGAUUGAGGGUGUCUAGGGUUAAUAUUAUGUUGGCCCUGUAUAUGAAACCCAACCAACAGAGCCAAACUUCAAUUAUAUUUCCGCGCAGCGCCAAGUUCGGAUUCAAAGCUUCCCCAACUUCGCUUUUUACAGUAAUCACCACACGCAGAUUACUCUGUAUCACUUGCAAUCUCGUUGUGACUUCAAGAUUUUCAUUUCUCAAAUAAUUGGACCACCUUCAUAAUCUUCAUGAUAAUCAUUCAAAACUCUCUUUUUCUUGUAUCUAAUGCUGCUGUUAAUGCUAUCACUGCUCCUUAAUAAACGGUUUUCAAAUUGAUAACCCUUUGAGUUUGUUCUUAUGAGCCCUGUUCAUUUGGGAAUCAUAAGCUGUAUCGCCUUUUGCCCAUUCAUUUAUUUUCCUCCUUUCAACAUGUGUUUACUUCUUCCCAUGAAUUCUUCUGGCUUCUGUGUCUUCUUCACAGUUGCCUUGCAAGCUUAUUUAAUUAGAUACAUAAGAUGCCAAGGUCAAAGGAAAAUGCUUCAUCAGUUGCUAAACCAGUUGAACCUGAAAAGGCAAUAGAAUCCAAUGAGAAGGUUGAUCUUGAUGGAGACAAUGAUCCUGAUGAGGCAACAGAUGAAGAGGUUGAGUAUGAAGAAGUAGAGGAAGAGGUGGAGGAAGAAGAAGAGGUAGAGGAAGAAGAUGAAGAGGGGGAGGAGGUGGAAGAAGAGGUGGAGGAUGAAGAUUCUAAUAAUCCCACUGGAACUGAUAUCCAGAAAUCUCAGAGUAGGUCUGGAGAUGAGGACGAGAAGAAAAAGCAUGCUGAAUUUCUUGCCCUUCCACCACAUGGUUCUGAAGUUUAUAUUGGUGGCAUUCCUCAUGAUGCUUCUCAAGAGGAUUUAAAGGCUUUUUGUGAGGCUGUGGGAAAAGUAAUAGAGGUUCGGAUUAUGAGAGCCAAAGAUUCAGGUGAGAACAAGGGCUUUGCAUUUGUUACAUUCAAAAACAUGGAAAUGGCUUCUGAUGCCAUCGAUGAGUUGAAUAACACUGAAUUUAAGGGUAGAAGAAUUAAAUGUUCGACAUCUAAAGCAAAGAACCGUUUAUUCAUCGGUAAUGUUCCCAGGAGCUGGGGGGAAGAUGAUCUAAGGAAGGUUGUACAGAAGAUUGGGCCCGGAGUUAAUGUUAUAGAGCUGGUCAAGGAUAUGAAGAAUACAGGCAACAACCGAGGCUUUGCUUUUGUUGACUACUAUAACCAUGCCUGUGCUGACUAUUCAAGGCAGAAGAUGACGGACCCAAAAUUUAAGCUAGAAAAUAAUGCUCCCACAGUGAGUUGGGCUGACCCUAAAAAUGCCGAGUCUUCUACUUCUCAGGUGAAGGCAGUUUAUGUGAAGAAUUUACCUAAAAAUGUGACCCAAGACCAGUUAAAGGAGCUAUUUGAACACCAUGGGAAAAUCACAAAAGUUGUUCUGCCAGCUGCAAAAUCCGGACAGGAAAAUAGCAGAAUUGGUUUUGUACAUUUUGCAGAGAGGUCAAGUGCUAUGAAAGCAUUGAAGAACACUGAAAACUAUGAACUUGAUGGCCAGCUGUUGGAGUGCUCUCUUGCAAGGCCACAGGCAGACCAGAAGUCUGGUGGAUCAAAUUCACAGAGGUCAGGGUUGCUUCCUAGUUAUCCACCUCGUUUUGUUGGCAUGGCUGGUGGUGCCUAUGGUGGUAUUGGUGCAGGGUAUGGUGCGGCAGGUUUUCCACAGCCUUUGAUGUCUGGACCGGGACCAGCUCCCGCUGGCAUGGCAAUGAUGCCGAUUCUUCUACCUGAUGGACGUAUUGGAUACGUUAUGCAACAACCGGGUGUGCAGCCACACCCCUUGCCGUCAUAUCAAAGUAGUGGCUGGGGUAAUGGUGGGAGUGGUAACAGAAGUAGUGGAAGUUCGAAUAAGGGUAGGCACGUCAAUGAUUCUGGGCAUGGACGCAGGUAUAACCCGUAUUGAUUUGUUCCUGUAAUGGUUAGAAGUUGGGAAGCGACGCGUUCAAGAUUGUUACAUACAGUUGUAACAGCAAGGUUUGAUAUGGUAGACCCAUAUGCAUACUGAUUUCUUCAUUCAAUCACACCUAUGUACCUUACCCUUAUUGGUUAAAUGAACACAUUUUCGGUGUAAACGGAUUUGUUAACUCAAGUGAAACCAUUUGUAUCAUCACUCAUGCAAUGGAUAUGAAAAAUUGUCGAUAA